CUUCAGGAUCGUAGUCUUCUCGAACCUGUAGAUCUGUUUUGUUGCCGACUACACCGCUGUUGACCAUGAAGCAUAAAUUUCAUACGUUAUUGUUCUUUGCGCUAGUGUCAAUUAAAUUGUCGCACCAACAUGGAGCUAAAGGGGGUAGUUUCAGUGGAAGUUUCAGUUCAUCAUCGUCCUCCUCCCAAUCAUCAUCUCACAGUAGUUCAAGUUCUGGGUCGUUCACGGCUACUGGUAAUUUGAACGAAGUCGGUACUGGAUUCAAGGACCUUCUUGGAAAUUUGGCCCAUUCUGGAGCGAAUGCGGGCUCUUUUUCCGGUUCUUUGGGUAACACUGGGGGUGGAGCAGGUCUUGGAGGUGUAGCCGGUCUUGGAGGUGGUUCUAAAAGUGGCAGUUUUGCAAAUUCUGGAAGUUUCUCUUCGAGCGGAGCCGGACUUGUUGGAGGUGUAGGUGCGGUUAAAGGUGGCGGUGUGGGAGGCAAUGCUGGUAUAAGUGGAAGCGGUGCCUUUGGGGGAUCUGGAGGAAGUGCCACGUCUGGAGUUGGGGGAAUCUCUUGUGGCUUUGGAAAUAAAAAUUGUGGGGGUGGUUCCACCAUUAAAACUGAUGGUGUGAGUGGAAGUGGAAGCGGAAGUUAUGGAGGCAGUACAUCCAGUGCUGGAGCAGGUUCCGUUAGUGGAACUGGAUCUGGAAAUGACGCUUUUUCUGUAGGAGGUACCGGUUCGACGGGAACCAGUGGUUCAGGUCUUGGUGUUGGUGGAGGUAUUGGCAUUACAGGAUCAGUUGGUCCAAAUGGUCCGGACUCUGGCAGCAAUAACCCAGCUAUAUCUUCUUCGGGAUCACAGAGUGGAAGCACAAUUAAAGAAAUACCAGUUCAAGAAAAUGAAGAUGGCACAACUGGAACUUCAUCUGGAAAUACCAUUAGUGGAUCUUCUGGAAGUGGUAGCAGCGGAGGAACUGGAAAUAUUCAACUACUACCCUUAUUUCCAUCAGUAGGAAGCCAAACAAUACCAUCGCAAACUCUGAAACCUACAGGAAGCGGCACUGGAAGUUUUGGAGGAACCUUUCCCGGAGGUUCAACUGGAACGGGAUCUUCGAGUAGCUACCCCGGAGGAAUAACGACUGGAGGAGUUGGACAACCCACUAAGGGUGGAAAAAGACCCGGUUCCGUUUAUCCUUCAGGCUUUCCAAGUCAUGUGAAACCAUCAGAUUCUGGACACUACACUCCUUCUGGCAGUUUUGGCCACGUCAAACCUUCGUCACCUGGCGGUUUUGGUACCACUGGUACGGUAUUUCAAACUGGAUCAACACAUGGCACCGCGGGAUCGGGCAACUUCGGAUCUCAUGGAAUAAGUGGAAAUGGUCACCCAAAAAAACCCUGCUGUAACGGCCCAUUCCCCGGUCCUUCUGGUACUAUCCACGACAGCAAACCUGCAUCUUCAGUACCCCCAGUUCCUAGUCCCGGAGGUUCUUUCCCAACAACAGGAGUGUUUACUCAGGGUACUGGUUCUGCUUCUGGUCCAGUUUCUGGCGCUUCUGGUUCGUACCCUGGCUCUCCUGGACCAUUCCCUGGCCCUUCUGGAAGCAUUCAUGAGAGUAAACCUGCGUUCCCAGUUCCUAGUGGUGGAGGUUCUGUACCAACAUCAGGAGUGUUUACCCAGGGUACUGGUUCUGCUUCUCGUCCAGUCUCAGGCCCUUCUGGGUCAUACCCUGGCUCACCUGGACCAUUCCCUGGCUCUUCUGGAAGCAUUCAUGAAAGUAAACCUGCAUUCCCAGUUCCUAGUGGUGGAGGUUCUGUACCAACAUCAGGAGUGUUUACCCAGGGUACUGGUUCUGCUUCUGGUCCAGUCUCAGGCCCUUCUGGUUCAUACCCUGGCUCUCCUGGACCAUUCCCUGGACCUUCGGGAAGCAUUCACGAAAGUAAACCUGCAUUCCCAGUUCCUAGUGGUGGAGGUUCUGUACCAACAUCAGGAAUUAAUACUGGCGUUUCUACUCAAGGUUCUACAUCUAGUUCGAAGGGCCCUUGUUGCAAAGGACCAUUCCCUGGACCAAAUGGAAGCAUUCAUGAUUAUAAACCAGCAUCUUCUGUUCCGUUAGUUCCUGGAGUUACUGGAACUGGAUCGCAUGUAACCGGAACUGGAGUUUAUGGCACUCAUGGAACUGGUGCAACAGGAAGUGGUGUAACAGGAACUGGAGUUUAUGGAACUCAUGGAACUGGUGCAACAGGAACUGGAGUUUAUGGUACUCACGGAAAUGCCCUCUUGAAACCAUCAUGUUGUAAACCUAUUCCACCAGGUCCAAUUGGCAGUAUUCACCAAAGUAAACCCGCAUCAUCAGUUUUACCAGUUGGAUCGACUGGAAAUAAAUAUACCGGUCCAUUCCCAGGCCCCACCGGUAGUAUCUCUGCUGGCGUCCCAGUGACUGGAGGUAUAACAUCUUCUAACAUUGGAUCACAAUCAACAACACAAUCUGGAACGCAACACACUGGAUCAUAUACGGGAAAUUCUGGAUGGAAUAAACAAGUUACAUCAGGUAAUAACUAUGGAACUCAUUAUUAUCUUGUGCCAAAGCCAGCUAUAACUUUACAUCCACCAGUUGCAAGUGGACCAUAUCAGACAAAAGUCAUUUUUAGUGGUUACAAACCUUUAAAUCCCGAUUUUAUAUCCGUAGGAGGAACAACUGGACAGAUCAGCAGCGAUAAACUAGGAGGACAAACAGGAACAAAUUCUGGAUAUGCAACUGGUGGAGUGACCGUACAAAAAUCUGAUGCCAAUCAAGUACGGACAGAUGGUUCUGGAAUCAGCGGAACCUAUGUACCUACUGGUACAUUUAGUCCUGGAUUGAUUAGUGGCAGCACAUUUGGGGAAAAAUCUGACACUAAUCAAGUAAUAAACAAUGACAAAUCUUCAUCUGGAACAGGUCCAGGAUUUGCAACUGGUAACGUAAUUGUAGAAAAACCAGGCAGUAUUCAAAGUACCGGAAAGGUUACACCUGUCGGUUCAUUUGGAACAUCUUUUGGUGGAUCUUUUACAACUGGAAGUGGUAUUGGUAACACCGGUAGUACCCCAAGUAUACUUUUCCAUCCUGAAUUACGACCGGGUAGUACCUCUGGAACCUUUGGAACUUCAGGUUCUGGAAGCGGAAGUAGUUCUAACAAUGGCUUUGCUACAGGAAAUGUUCAAAUUCAAAAACCAGGAGGUGUUAAAGACGUAACAACCGGAAUUUCUACAAUCGGCUCUGGUACUCCUGGAAGCGGAACCUUUGGAACUUCAGGUACUGGAAGCGGAAGCUUUGGAACUUCAGGUUCCGGAAGCGGAACUUUUGGAACUUCAGGCUCUGGAAGCGGAAGUAGUUCCGACAAUGGCUUUGCUACAGGAAAUGUUCAAGUUCAAAAACCAGGCGGUGUAAUUACUAGUGGAAAAGACGUGCCCGCUGGAAUUUCUACAAUCGGCUCUGGUACUUCUGGAAGCGGAACUUUUGGAACUUCAGGUUCUGGAAGCGGAACGUUUGGAACUUCUGGUUCCGGAAGCGGAACUUUUGGAACUUCAGGCUCUGGAAUCGGAAGUAGUUCCGAUAAUGGUUUCGCUACAGGAAAUAUUCAAAUUCAAAAACCAGGCGGUGUAAUUACUAGUGGAAAAGACAUACCAACUGGAACUUCUACAAUCGGCUCCGGUACUUCUGGAAGCGGAACCUUUGGAACUUCAGGCUCUGGAAGCGGAAGCUUUGGAACUUCAGGUUCCGGAAGCGGAACUUUUGGAACUUCAGGCUCUGGAACUGGAGGUAGUUACGACAAUGGCUUUGCUACAGGAAAUGUUCAAAUUAAAAAACCAGGUGGAGUAGUUACUAGUGGAAAAGACACAACCGGUUCUGGUAAUUUUGGAAGUGGUUCAAGUGGAUCUUUUGGUAGUGGAACUGGUAAUGGCAAUGGCUUCUCUACAGGAAAUGUUGCCAUUCAAAGGCCUGACGGAUCAGUUAGCAGUGGAAAAGAUUCAGCAACUAGUGGCUCAUUUGGAGGGUCCUACGGCGGAUCGCCUGACAGCGGUUCACUGAAAACUACGCCAGGAUUAUCAACUUCCGGAACAUUUGGAACUUCGGGUUCUGGAUCUAAUUACAACAAUGGUUUUGCAACCGGAAAUGUUGCUAUUCAAAAACCCGACGGAUCGGUAACAAGUGGAAAAGAUUUGCCUUCUAGCGGCCCAUCUGGCGGUAUUGUGGGAUCAGGAUCCUUUGGCACUUCUGGAAGUGGUUCUUUAGCAACUACAGGUGGUCAGUCAGGUGGUUUACAAGGUAGCGGUACUUUUGGACCUUCCGGUAGUAACACUGGGUAUGCCACAGGAAACGUCCUUGUUCAAAAACCUGACGGAUCCGUAACCACCGGAAAAGAUUUACCCUCAGGGGCGUCCACGGGAAUAAAUGGAGUAGGUGGAAGCGGUAGCCACGCAUUUGGUGCUUCGGGUAGCGGCAGCUUUGGAGGAAGCGGUUUGUUUGGAAUUGGAAACGGUUUUGAAUUCGGGCAUGGUCAUGGAACUAAUGCCAUUAAAGGUUCAAGUGGGGGGGCGUCGUCUGGUAGUUACGCUGGAUCUCAAAGCAGCGCUGGGUCUUAUAGUGGUGGCGGCGGCUUUUCUUCCUUUGGUGGAAGUAAAAGUGGAAGUUAUGCCGGAGCGCAGAGUGGUGCCGAAGCUGGUUAUACCGGACUUUUAAAGAAUUUGUUUGGUAAACAUGGUCUAGGAGGAAAUUUAGGUUUAGGAGCGGCAGGAUCUGGAUCUUUUGCCAAAUCUCAGUCAUUUGCUGGUGGUAGUUCGAGUUAUGCAGGAGCCAGCGCAAGUUCAUUUUCGGGACACUAUUAGCGAAUUAAAUUAAUUUGAUAGCAAUAAUUUCGUAUCUGUGAAUAUUUCCAUACUUAUGUACUCAUAAUGUAUCGUAUGUGAUUUUUUAUAAUUAAACGUUUAUUACUUAAGAAUUAAA